AUCAGUUUACAGUUGGAGCUUGGAAGAAAAUGGCGUCAGCUAAGUUUCUGGAGGAAGCUCUUAGCACGGAUGUUGACGAAUCCGCAGUGAACGCGAUAGUGGGCUCCCUUGAGACGCAGCUUGUGACGUCCACACCGACUGUCGCCGGUCAUCAAGUGAGUUCCGCAUCGGUCAGCCAGCAGAAUCACCAGGUGAACAGCGCUAUUUCCAACGGGGGCACCAUCACCGCGGUGCAGCCACAGAAACAUGGGGUUUCGAACGGCGGCAGUGCCACUACCGUGAAUAGUCUAAUGACUCAGGAGGCCACCAAGUCGAUCACUACCAGCACUCUGCUGCCCGUGAACGUGGUUACCUCCAAUACAGUGGCGCCACAGGUCAUCACCACGCAGCACCAGCAGCCGCCGCCACAGCCACAGCAGCAGCAGCAGCAACAUGCACAGCCGCCUGGAAUAUCUCCUGCUACCUAUAUCAAUCAAGUAACGACUAAUCAGGUGUCCAGCAAUCAGACUACUCAUAUACCAAGCUUGACCAAGACGCACGAACCAGUGAAGCUCAUCUACCCCACGGUCGGGCAAGUUAUAGCCACCACGGGGGUAGCAAAUGCAAAUAAUAAGCUCUCCUUUCCCGCUCAAACUGUCGGGCAGUUAGCGAAUGGUACUUUAGGUAUAACGUCACAGGCAGUGCUGCAGACUACAUCGAACGUUGUUACCAAUGUCUGCUCUGUCAGUCAGGCAGCCAGCCAAACAGUGACCACAGUGAAUAAGCCGACGGGGGCAGCUUUAGUGAUCAAGACUAGUGCAACACCUGGAAUGGUUUCAGUUCCAAUGUCUGUUCCAGUCUCGGUGGCUGGCAAUGCAGUUAGCACAGCAUUGCAGGCCAAAGCUGGGGUUACUUCAACAAUAGUACCCAGUAAUGUUCAAAUCCUAAAUGUAAAUGCGAUACGUCCUGCUACGCCAGUAGCCGGACAGCAAGCUAAUAAGCAAGUUACACCGAGAGUAAUGAUUGGGCAACACCAAUUAGUUGGAGCAAGAGCUGGAGGUCCAGGGAUAACGUUACAGACAAUUCACAGCCUUCAAGCUGGUGCUCAAGGUCAUCUGUUAUUAAAAACAGAAAAUGGGCAGUAUCAGUUAUUGAGGGUGGGUCCAGCUCCAACUGCUGCUCCCACUGGUACUGCAGUUACACCGAAUAGUAUAACUGGCAACACAGUAGUUGCUGCACCAUCUCCGGGCACUACCUAUCGCCUAACUUCAGUGCCAACUGUAAGUAGGCUGAAUACUCAGUUCACUGGCCCACCACUCGCCCUAAGAAAAUCUGUUCAGACUGUUGCUCCUACUAUUACUACAUCUACUACAACCCCAGGAACAGUAACUACUGCUCCCUCAACUACUUCCGCACCAACGGCUACCACUGUUCAAACAGCACAAACAGCUACAUCGCGUCAAACUACCGAUAAUACCAAAGAAAAGUGCCGUAAAUUCUUAGCAAACUUAUUAGAGUUAUCUAGUCGAGAGCCUAAAGCAGUGGAACGUAAUGUCCGAACUUUGAUACAAGAAUUGAUUGAUACUAGAGUCGAACCAGAAGAAUUCUGCGACAGACUUGAAAAAUUAUUAAACGCUUCACCACAACCAUGUCUCAUUGGUUUUCUAAAGAAAAGCUUACCUCUUUUACGGCAAUCGCUUGUUACGAAGGAAUUAGUCAUAGAAGGAAUAAAACCUCCUCCAGCCAACGUUGUUUUUUCUAUUGCAUCUGCUGUUGUUCCAACGCAAACUCAAUAUAGACCUACAGUAGCAGUGGCAGCAACCGUUCCUGUAACAGCAGUUACUGCAACAGCAACAACACAAGUGAGAGUAAUGACUCCGCUUCCAACAGCAGUAACGACAGCAGCAGCAGUAAUUACAACAACAGUUCCACGACCUGCUCAAUCUAUUCCACAGAGACUGGUUCGACCAGUAACGACGGUGGUUCGGAGCCCUUCAGCAGCAUAUGCUGUGAAAUCAACAGUAGCAGCAACUGGAAUUCGUCCUACUGCCCCUGUUGUGCAAAAACCACCUAUAGUCGCAACUACGGUUGUAAAACCAAUUACUACUACGCAAGGCAAAACACUCAAUACAACCACUACUGUUAAUAAAGCCGUAGUGCCUUCUCUUGUUCAAAAACCAGCUGCUAAGGAGAAAGAGAAAAAAACAUUUUCAUCAGCAGGAUAUACGGCGGAUGAUGAUAUAAAUGAUGUAGCAGCUAUGGGUGGUGUUAAUCUUGCAGAGGAAUCUCAAAGAAUACUCGGUUCCACAGAAUUUGUUGGUACCCAAAUACGGUCCUGUAAAGAUGAAGUAUUUUUGCACAUGACACCAUUACAACAAAGAAUUAAACAAAUUGCAUCCAGUCACGGACUGGAAGAACCUAAUCAGGAAGUAGCAGCGUUAAUUUCGCACGCUGUUCAAGAAAGGUUAAAGAAUUUAGUAGAAAAGUUAGCAGUCAUUACAGAACAUAGGAUAGAUCUCAUAAAGGUUGAUCCUAGAUAUGAAGUAACCCAAGAUGUAAGAGGGCAAUUGAAAUUUUUGGAAGAUCUAGAUAGACUCGAACGUCGGAAACAUGAGGAACAAGAACGAGAAUUACUUUUACGUGCUGCCAAGAGUCGUGCAAAAACAGAAGAUCCCGAGCAAGCAAAAUUAAAAGCUAAGGCCAAAGAGAUGCAACGUAUAGAGAUGGAAGAGUUAAGGAAGAAGGAAGCAAAUUUAACAGCUUUACAAGCAAUUGGCCCUCGUAAGAAGCCUAAACUCGAUACAGCAGAAUCGACCAAUGGUACUCCCGGUACGAAUACAUCAGUGAGCGGAUUAAAUAGGCAAAUGCCAAUGAGACCACGUUUGAAGAGAGUGAACUUCAGAGAUUUGGUAUUUCUUCUCGAACAAGAGAAAGAAACGUGUAGAAGCACAACACUGUAUAAAUCGUACUUGAAGUGAUGCACUGUGAAGGGCAGGAACUUUAGUGAUCCGCCCGAAAUCUGGCGCUCUAUCUACAUGGUCUUAUAUGAACUGGCUUCGAUGGAUCGUGUGACGUUAUUCUACGUUGCAAUGUAUAGUAAGUUAUUGCAAAUUAUUACAUAUUAUUGCAAUGAAACUUAUUGGGAAUUGGCUUGGAAUUCUGCGUACAUUCGAGGUAAAAUUGUUUCCAUCAUGUCGAUACUAAGCUUCCCUAUUGUAAAUGACUGAACAUUUUUUAACUGUAGCAUACGUUUUUUAAAUGUAAUAUAAUAGAUCAUUCUUUAUUUUUCAACACAAAAUCGUUGAAAGGAGUAAUGUGUAUGAGCACAUGUCUCGUGAUUAGUCUUUAUAGUCCUUUCGUGAAAGAAAGAGAGAGAAAAUGUUGUGAGUAUGUGUAUGUGGGUGCGUGCGCGCGCGCGCGCGCGCGUGUGUGUGCUUGUGCGUAUGUGUGUGUAUGGGAUCAUAUAGAAAUAUUGUUAUAUGGUGAAUGUGUAUAAUAUAUUAAAUGAAUGAGUGUACAUUGUCAUUACGUAUAGGCUCGCUGCAUUGUAAUACUUGACCUAUACUUUUGGACACUGUAGCACUAGUGUAAAAUAUAAGCAGGUUUUGUUAUAAUAGUAAAUCGUAUUUUUGCAAACUAUAAUGUAAUAAUAAUAAUAAUAAUAAUAAUAUUAAUAAUAUUAAUAAUAAUAAUACCGCGAGCACAUUGUCCAAAAAGUAUGGAAUAAUUUGUACAAUAUCUUACACAUAAUUACUAAAUAGUGAUAAUUUCAAUGUUGGUACAACAGAAUAUAGCUACUCUCCACCGGAAGUUGGAAUUGUUAUCAGUAUAUUAUGUUGUAUAUUGCAAUCAACAUUUUCAGUGUUUAUAAAAAAAUUAGCUGUUACGUUUUUUAUUAAAGAAAUAUUUACAAAACUAAGAAUAACCAAUAUUUUUUUGUGAUUGAUGUUAAUUUAAUUAUUUAUAUUUCCUUCUCGGAAUUUUGGUGCGAAUUCUGCUAAUCUUAGCGAAUAUUUGCAGAAAUACUUUGCAUAAUCAAUUAAAACAAAUUCAAAGCGAGUACCUGAUUUACACGUAAAAAAAUAGCCACAAAUGUACGUGGUGCCUGAGAUCAUAGAAAACAACAUGCUUAAAUUUAUUUUCAUUGAUUCUUUUAUUAUGUCGGUUUAUAUUAUAUCAUUUAUAUAUCCGUAUGUCUCUUUUUCGACGCGAUCGGGAAAAUGUAAAUGAGUGAUAAUUGAUAAUGUUAUAUGUAUAACGCAUAUAUUUAAUGCGUUAUACAUAUAAAACAUAAUUAAUCUUUGUAACUUAUAUGGUAUCAUUUACAAUCUAACGUGAAAUUAUUUGUGCAAUUUAAGCACAUUUUUAGUAUAUAUUUUUCUUUCAUGUCAAUUGUGAUUUAUACCUCUCAUAUUAAUCUUUCAUAUUCUAAUAUAUAAUACUUUUAUUAAAAUAUUUUACUUCAUGUUACAUUAAUUAGCAGUUUUGAUAUAACUUUUAUGUCAUCACAAGAUUUACAUUAUUAAUCACAGUAAAAAGAAAUCUUACAUACUUUUGAGUGCUGCCAAUCUUUGAAAUGCCUGUUACGAAGUAGCAAUAUAUGUCGCCUUUAUUACUAAUUCACACUUAAAUAUUCAUAAGUUUAUUUAGCGCAGAAUGUGAUAUUCUAUGCCGAAUAACUUAUAUCAACAUUUAAUAUUUGUUACUUCAGCAAUUUCUGUGCUUCCAGCUUUGAACAGAAAAAUGCAAAUGAUAAUUCUAUUAUAAUAUAUUCCGACGUAUGGGUGACGUCUCUUUCAAGUGUCAAUAAUUCAGGAAGAAGAGUGGACGCGUGUAACAGUCAUAAUUGUUAAAUGCUGUUACACGUGAUUGCUUCAAUUGGUCGAUGGUUUCACGUAAAAGGCUAAACGAAUAUAAUGCGUAAGAAGGAUAUGUUCAGAUAUAUGAAUUGUAACGUAUUAUAGCACAAAAUUUAUGUAAUUGGAAAACUGAUAUCGUUAUAUAGAAUUUCAUACGUCUGAAGCGUUAAUAUGGAAGAGAUAAUGGAAGACGACAUAAUUUACGUACGUAUAUGUAUGUGUAUAAAUAUUUCAAUUUAUUAUUUUUUCUGUCAUUGCAAUUGAUUUGAUUAUUUUUGAAAAGGCUAUUGCGAUUUGAAAGCAUUUACAUGUGCUGAAAUUUCAACCAAAAAUAAUGUCCAUCUGACCUAUCUAAUUGAUAUCUAAACAAUCUGUCGUGACAGAAAUAAUGGCAAUGUGUAUAUCUUGUAUAAAUAAGUCGUUUUUAAUAUCUGCCUGCUUUUAUUUGAAAAGCGUUUGAAAUCAUUAUGUACCAAUUUUUGCUGAGCACAUCGCAUAUAAAGAAUCACUUAGCUAUAUAAUUGUUCCUCUUUGCAAUUAUUAUACCGUUUUUUAUAAACUUGAAGUAAAACAUGCAUAAAUCGUAUAACGUUUUCUUUACUGCCAGUAGGUGGAGUAUUAAUACAUUUCAAAAUAGAAAAGAAUAUAUAAAAAAAUUACAGUACAUUACAAUUUUGGUACAUUAUGAUAUUUUUAUAAAUUGUACUGGGUAAACAGUAAGCGUGAGAUAAUAAAAUAUAAAAACAAAUCUCGUCGAAAUGCAAA